AUGGGCCCAACCCUCAACAGUAUGGUAUCUUCUCUGCAGAGAAGUGGAACAUUUAUCAAUUCUUUAAUUGGUGCUUUGACUAUUGGUGGGCAACAACUGUUCUCGUCUUUUGCAUUCAGAUGUCCCUGUCAGGUUGGGAAAAACGUCUAUUACGGCUCUGCUUUUCUAGUCCUUCCUGCCUUGAUCCUUCUGAUUGCUGGCUAUGCUCUGAGAAGCCACAUGUGGACAAUUACCAGUGAAUACUGCUGCAGCUGUGCCCGUCCACAGCGGAGAAUCAGCCCCCUGGAGCGCAAGCUGGCUUGCCUUAGGUUCUUCAGCAUUACAGGGAGGGCACUCGUUGCUCCAUUGACAUGGCUGGCGACAACCCUGCUGACAGGCACCUAUUACGAAUGUGCAGCAAGUGAAUUUGCAUCUGUGGACCAUUACCCUGUAUUUGACAAUAUCACUGCCAGCAAACGGGAAGAGAUCAUAGCUGGGUUUCCAUGUCACAAAUCAACUCCAUCUGAUGUGACCCUCGUAAGAGAUGAAGUAGCUCUUCGGCACAGAUACCAGUCACAAAUGCUGGGCUGGAUUUUGAUCACCUUGGCAACCAUCGCUGCUCUAGUCUCCUGCUGUUUGGCCAGGUGCUGCUCUCCCCUCACCACUCUGCAGCAUUGCUACUGGACCAACUACCUCCACAAUGAGAGAGAGCUCUUUCAACAAGCUGCAGAGCAGCACUCACGCCUUCUCAUCAUGGAGCGCAUAAAGAAACUAUUUGGCUUCAUUCCUGGAAAUGAAGAUGUCAAACACAUUCAUAUUCCUUCGUGUCAGGACUGGAAAGAUAUUUCAGCACCCUGUCUUCUCUGCAUGGGUGAUGACUUGCAAGGUCACUAUAGCUUCCUUGGAGAUAGGGUGGAGGAGGAGAAAGAGGAAAGCAAAUCAGAAGGUAUUGAACUAAAACCUUGAUUAUAGCACCUUUCACGGUUCAGGUUGUUUAACAGAUAGUUUAUGUUUAUGAUGAAGUUUCAAUGUAACCUCUUCAUCUUUUUCUAAUACUUGUUUACGCAAGUCCAUCCAAAAUGCUAUUUCCCAAAUCAAUUUGUCUGAUAAUUGUGCCAAUCUCUCUUUUUGAAGUUUCAUUGAGGCUCUGGUAAUGCCUAUAUUGGUCUAAUCAAAACAAUGGAUUUUGGAGUCAUAUCAAAAUUUGA